AUGGCUCCUCAAAAGGUAUUCUUCACAGGCCUGCCAUAUAACCAUCAUACCCUUCCAUCCUGGGGUUGGCCGCCAGAAAGAGUAAAGACCGGAUUGGAAAACGCGGUGAGGAUACUCCUCCAAGAAGGUUAUGAUGCGAUCGGGUACUUUAUCGCUCCGGAACAAGGACUUAAAGUAUUUGAAGAUAAAUUAUUGGAGCAGAAGUGGGAUGCUGUGAUUAUUGGGUGGGGUGUUAGGGGGAAUCAGAAGUUAACGCACUGGCUUGAGGAUAUGAUCAACUGCGUGAGGGUUGAGUCUCCCGAAACGAAGAUUCUGUUUAAUUGGGACCCUGAGAGUACGAUAGAUACUGUUAGAAGGAACAUACCCGUCACCGACGAGUCGGAUAAGACGGCGAUGAAUGAAGUAUUCGAAAAAUCUGGGAUUGAAGGUAGAAUUACAUUUGGAAAGUACGAUAUGCCUAGCUAG